GAACAAUAUCGAGCAUAAUAAUUUCUCUGUUAGUCUGCGUGCUCAUUGAGCUUCAGUUCAUCUCUUUCUUCUCCUUGAAUCCCUGUAAUCUUGCAUACAUACACACACAUAUACAUACAGAAAAAGACCCAUAUUCUUGAAUUGACAUGUUGAAUCACAGCAUAAGCAAAGAGGAUGUGAUUUCUAAAAUCAAAGAUGAUGGUGAUUUCGAUAGGCUCCGCGUCAAGAUUAUUCGUAAGCUCAAAGAAAAUGAAGAAUUGCGGAGUUCGAUUGUGUCUGCGGUGAAACAAUCAGCUGUUCUUAAUACUCCGGGAUUUGAGAAUUUGAAGCCCCGUCAGCUUUCCGAUGCUAUUCAUCAAGAAAUUAGGGAGAAAGUAAUGAGUCAGAUUUCUGAUGGGGUUUGGGAAGUUAUUAGAUCAGGUGGUGGUAUGCAAAGUGAAAUAAAUGAGACAGUACAGUCUGUUUACAGUAGGUUGCUGAAUCCGGAAGGAAGUCAAGGUGGGGGACCAUCCUCUAAUGCCAAUGCAAUGGCAGUUGAAACUAGACCUAAUAAUAAUAAUGGGUCUAUUGUUGCUUUACCGGACGAAAUCAAUGGCACUUUUUCUGAUACUGAACCAAAUGAGCCACCCGGUUUUGCACCCCAUGUUCUUCAUCAUAAUAGCAAUUUGGAGGAACAAAUAAAAGAGGAAGCUCAAGAUAAGCUACCAUCAGAGGAUCUUAAGAGAGAGGCCCAGCGUUCAGAUGAUGUCUUCAACAGAGAUAAUGUGAAUCCUUCUACACGCCCUGCAGUGCCUAUGACUGAAGAGCAAAACCAGCCAGGUGAUGGUAGUGAUGAAGACCCUGAUUUACCACCUGGAUUUGCAUGAUGAGUUACUAUUCUCACACUUAUAAUUAUCUUUUGAAGGGUUUGUCCCAGAGAUCAUUCUCUUUAGAAUUAUAAUCUGCAAAAAUAUUAAACUGUUUUCUGUGGUCUAGCUAUGAACAAUGAUGGUCUGAAGGCAGGAUCCCGUUUAUAACUUCCAUUGUCUUUUGCCUCGGAAGAAUCUAGUAUAAUAGUUCUUUUGAUUGGAAAUCGAAGAUAAUAGAAUGAAUCACGAUGUCGAUAUGUAUACUUUAGUUGCCCUUAUAUGUUCUUGGCUGGAAAGUAUGGAGGUGUAAUAGGAUAGCUUUGUUUCCUUUUGAAUCUUGCUCUGACAUUAGUUUCCCCUGUAGUCUUGCUCUGAGAUUAGUUUUUAUGCACCAUAGUAACAGUAAAUGAUCUUUUAUAGAAUAUUCCGCUGUUA